AGAACUGUCGGGGAAUAUUAUGCGAUCCAGGAGCAAAUCGAGAUGGGGCAGAUGGCCAAAUUGUUUUAUUCUACAGUGUGGGUUAAGGUUUUUUACAUCGUACUUUGCGUAUACCUGUAUGGAGAUCUUGCCAUAUAUGAAGCGGCAGUUGCCAAAUCUAUGCGAGACAUAAUCUGCGACUACGUGCCAGAGAACUGCACCAAGGAACUGUUAGACUCCGACCCAUGUUUCAAGAAUCCAAGUCGAUCCCACAUGUCCAGAAUGGAAAUGUAUAGAAUCUGUACUUUCAGCUUUGUUGGGGUCAUGGGUCCCUUUGUCUUCUUCAAUCUCACGAAGACCAAAUACAUGCAGAUCUUGACUACCAUCACAAGGUGGCUCGCGAUGGGCACCAUGAUCACGUGGGCCAUAGUGCUCUUGGCGGAAGGGAAGAACCAGGGUCACCCCCCUGCGGCCGAUAUCACCAAGCUCCCUCAGUUGUUUGGGGUGUGCGUAUAUAGCUUUAUGUGUCACCAUUCCUUACCAGCACUCAUUACGCCAAUAAGUGAAAAGAAGUCUAUUUUGAAGCUGUUAGGUGCAGAUUACUUGUUGAUUCUUCUCUUCUACUUGCUGUUGGCAUUUACCGGGAUCUUCGCCUUUGCACACCUAAAUGACCUUUACACCCUGAACUUCCAGCCAGACAGGUGUAAAGACGUUCAUACUCCAAUGGCUAUUUACUGUCUUCAGGUGUUCCUUCUGCUGUUUCCGGUGUUCACCCUGAGCACCAACUUCCCCAUCAUAGCCAUCACUCUGCGGAAUAACCUCAAGGGUCUCUUUCUGAGGGAAACGAGGCGCUACUCCUUCUUCACCUCGCGAUGCCUCUUCCCGCUCCUGGCCAUCAUUCCGCCCACGAUCGUCGGCCUCGUCACCUCCAACGUGGAAUUCCUGGUGGGAAUCACGGGGGCCUACGCUGGCUCCAUCAUUCAGUAUGUUGUUCCUGCGACUUUGGUCCAUUAUGCGAGAAAGAUGACCCUAGAACACAUCGGCAUGGGGGUGAAGAACCCCUUUUCCUCUCCCCUUCAGCAUUACAUGUGGCUUAUUGCCAUAUGCUUGUGGGCAGGCGUGUGCCAAAUCUUCGUGACAUUGUAUUUGGUGGGGAAGGACUCGUAUUAGGUGUGUAAGGAAAGAUGACUUAUGUGCUUGUCGCACUGUAUAUAUCCAUUGUAUAUACUGUACAUACAAGUUUCAUAUUCUGCAAGAAAUACACAGUAUAGGAGUGAAUGUGUAUAGAUUUUCAGCAUUUUUAGAGAUAUUUUGUAUAGAUGAAUUGGGUAUUGCAAUAUUAUGUUAACCACAUAAUUAUGUGAAGAACCUUACAGUUUUUAGUCUUAUGGAUCCAAAAAUACGAAUUCAGUGAGAUGAAUUUCUUUUGUUUUAGAGGUGCGUUAAUCUGCUGUUGGUCAACUUUGCGAUUUAUUUUUUUUAGAUGAACUAUCAUCCAUUGUUUUUUGAUGGGGAAAUACAGCAAUGGGUAAUGUGCAUUGCCCAUUUGCCAGACCAAAGGAAGUUAAAAGAGGGAAAACAGUAAAGUAAUGAUCAUAUGUAUGAAACAUAUGUGGGAGAAAAAAAUAAUGUUUUUAUUUUCUUUUGACAACUUUGGCUCUAAUAGGGCCAGUCUUCCUAGCUUGGUAAAACUGUACUGCUUUUGUUAAGCCAUUUGGUUUUCAUGUAAAGUGUAACAUAUUGCAGAAUAAGAAUGAAAAUAUUAUUAUUAUGAUUGUUUUAUGAGUUGGUGGAUUCUGAAGAACGUAAGAGAAUAUUCCAUUUGAAAUUUAGAACUGUACAAGUAAAAUAUUAUUAUUAUGAUUGUUUUAUGAGUUGGUGGAUUCUGAAGAACAUAAGAGAAUAUUCCAUUUGAAAUUUAGAACUGUACAAGUAAAAAAAAAAUAAUGUGAUUUUUAAAAAUAAUGAAGAGAUAGAUAAUAAAUGCAUCAAACUGUAC